CAGCAUAGCAGCAGUGUGUCUUUAAAAGGCUGAACCUGCAGCAGCCAGCAUACCCUGGAUCUGUUUCCUCUCUGCGAGCACCGUGCAGUGACAUGGCAUCAUCAUAGCGGCUGUCAGCAGCAGCAGCCGCAGCAUCAUGGAGCCUCUCCGGCCGCAGAGGCGCACCGCAGCCCGGGUUCUGGACACCCUGACGCCGGCCCUGAUCCUCCUGAGUGCCGGGGCAGUGACGGCGGAGGACGGAGGAGCAAUGGAGGAGCUCACCACGGAGAAGGAGGCUGAGGAAAGUCACCGCCAGGACAGCGUUAAUUUACUCACAUUCAUUAUGCUGCUGACCUUAACCAUUCUCACCAUCUGGCUCUUCAAGCACAGACGGGUGCGAUUUCUGCACGAGACCGGGCUGGCGAUGAUUUACGGUUUGCUGGUGGGGGUGAUCCUGCGGUACGGCAUCCCGGCCACCAGCUACCACAACAAGACCCCCCCCAGCUGCUCACUGAAGGAGGGGCCGGUCAGCACCGUCCUGCUGAACAUCAGCGGGAAGUUCUUUGAGUACACGCUGAAGGGAGAGAUCAACUCCAGAGAGAUCAACAACGUGGAGCAGAACGACAUGCUGCGCAAAGUGACAUUCGACCCUGAAGUGUUCUUCAACAUUUUGCUGCCUCCCAUUAUAUUCCACGCUGGAUACAGUCUGAAGAAGAGACACUUCUUCAGGAACAUGGGCUCCAUCAUCACCUACGCCUUUCUGGGCACGGUCAUCUCAUGCUUCGUCAUCGGGAAUCUGAUGUACGGCGUGGUGAAACUGAUGCAGGUUUUGGGACAGCUGACGGACAAGUUUUACUACACAGACUGCCUCUUCUUUGGUGCCAUUAUGUCUGCCACAGACCCAGUGACGGUGUUGGCCAUCUUCAACGAUCUGCACGCUGACGGGGAUCUCUACGCUCUGCUGUUUGGAGAGAGCGUGAUGAACGACGCCGUGGCCAUCGUGCUCUCCUCCUCCAUCGUGGCGUACCAGCCCAGCGGAGCAAACACUCACAUGUUCGACGCCGCCGCCUUCUUCAAGUCCGUCGGGGUCUUCAUCGGGAUCUUCAGCGGCUCCUUCGUGAUGGGAGCCGCCACCGGAGUCGUCACCGCUCUCGUCACCAAGUUCACGAAGCUGCACUGCUUCCCGCUGCUGGAGACGGCGCUCUUCUUCCUCAUGUCCUGGAGCACCUUCCUGCUGGCCGAGGCCUGCGGGUUCACAGGUGUGGUAGCCGUGCUGUUCUGCGGCAUCACUCAGGCUCACUACACCUACAACAACCUGUCUGCAGAGUCCACUCAGCGCACCAAGCAGCUGUUCGAGGUGCUUCACUUCCUGGCGGAGAACUUCAUAUUCUCCUACAUGGGCCUGGCUCUGUUCACCUUCCAGAACCACAUCUUCAGCCCCAUCUUCAUCAUCGGGGCUUUCAUUUCCAUCUUCAUCGGCCGAGCGUUCAACAUCUACCCGCUGUCCUUCUUCCUGAACCUGGGCAGGAGGCACAAGAUCAAAGGGAACUUCCAGCACAUGAUGAUGUUCGCAGGUCUGCGUGGAGCGAUGGCGUUUGCGUUGGCGAUCCGCGACACCGCGACGUACGCCCGGCAGAUGAUGUUCACCACCACGCUGCUCGUCGUCUUCUUCACUGUCUGGGUGUUCGGGGGGGGCACCACGCCCAUGCUGUCCGUCCUGCACAUCAGGUGAGACCAUAUUGUUUUU